CCCUUUACCCCCCUUCUCUCUAACCUUCCACUUCCCUUUGAGCUCUCUCAAAACCCCCCAACCAUGGCGGAGCGCAACCCAACCCAGCAGCGGAGAUCCCCAACAGGACCUAAUAACCCCACCGCCCCCGCCUUGUCCACUUUCUUACAAAGAAUCCAAGCUCAUUCACCGCACUCCGCUCAACUCCCCUUGUUCAUUACCGCCUUGAUUCUCCUACUCCUCACCGGGCUCACCUUGACCGUGACCAGUCUCGGCUUCAUCUUUUUCAUGCCAUUGAUCAUCAUUUCUAGCCCUAUAUGGUUUCCUAUAGGCGCCGUGGUGUCGAUCGUUUUCGCGGGUUUCGCCUCUGUGUGUGGCUUCGGGGUUUUGUCGGUGGUGGGGUUUUGCUGGAUGUAUAGGUACUUUAAAGGCAUGCGCCCGCCGGGGUGGGAUAGGGUCGAUUAUGCGCGGAGCCGGAUUUACGAUACGGCUAGCCAUGUCAAGGACUAUGCUAUGGAAUAUGGUGGUUACUUGCAAAGCAAAGUAAAGGAUGCAGCCCCUGGUGCAUGAGGAAAAUGUGUAUGUAUUUGGAUCCGAUUAUAGCUGCCUGCUAGCUUUUUCUUUUUUACAAAGUAUUUUUGUUUUGAAUAUGAAAUUUGCACAUCUUUGUACAACUUUACUUUUGAUUAAUGUGAAUGUGAUCAUCCAUAUAAUCAACCUCAAUCCAUACAUGACAUCAACAUUUCCUUUUUUUAAAUAA